GAUAGCUCAGUAAUGUUCAAAAGUAGGGAUGGAAAGGUGGCAUAAUCGCGUUGCUGUGAUUACAGGUGCUAGCUCUGGAAUAGGGGCAGCCACCCUCGAAGACCUAGCGACUGCCGGAGUGACUGUUGUGGGGCUGAGUCGACGCCCGAAUCGUAUAAACAAGAAACGACUUACCUUUCCCGUAGACGUUCAGUGUCGUGUGCAUGCCCUAGAAUGUGAUAUUACCAAUGAAGAAAACGUGAAGAGUGCUUUCAAGUGGGUGGAGGAUCACCUCGGCGGGACAGAUAUCUUAAUCAAUUCGGCGGGUGUAUUGUAUCAGGGAUGCCUUUCUGAUGAAAACUCAACGCACCACAUCAGAAAUACGUUUGAUGUUCAAAUAAUGGGAACUGUAUUUUGCACGCGUGAAGCUUUUCAAUCGAUGAAGCGCCGUAAUUUCGAUGGACACGUUAUUCAUAUAAAUAGUAUACAUGGUCACCGAGUUCCGAACCUGUUUAACAUCGAUAGCCAUUUCUUUACUAAUUACUCGGCCUCAAAAUAUGCCGUGACGGCCAUGAAUGAAGUAUAUCGACAAGAGUUCGCAAACGCUGGAACUAGAGUUAAAGUGACGAGUAUCAGUCCGGGGCUAACCUGUACACCCAUCGCAAAUAAUCUAAUUGUAGGCAUCGAUGUGCCGGUUCUAAAUGCGCAUGACGUAUCGAAUGCAAUUCUGUAUUGCCUUGGAACACCACCGCAUGUGCAGGAAUGGAUAGAAUCAACUGCUCACAAGAGGGUGAAAGUAAAUAAGUCAUCCUAUAUUUAUCACUGGGAAAAGAACUAACUAAACUGCAGCGUGUUGCAGCUUUAAUAUUGCCUC